UACGCGAGCCGACAUCCGCUCGCGGCGGGGCGAGCGCACCGACAUGGCGGAGGCCGAGGGCGGCGGCGGCGCCUGGGCGCGGCCGAGCACGGCGGUGCAGCGCAGCGAGCUAGGGCCGCUGCUGGCCAGGACCCUCCGGCCGGGGGAUUCCUGGUACCUGGUGGACAGCCGCUGGUUCAAGCAGUGGAAGAAGUAUGUGGGCUUCGACAGCUGGGACAUGUACGCUGCGGGCGAUCCCGGCCUCUUCCCCGGGCCUAUCGACAACUCGGGUCUUUUCGGCGAUCCGGAAACUCAGAGUUUAAGAGAGCAUCUCAUUGAUGAGCUAGAUUAUGUGUUGGUUCCCACCGAAGCCUGGAAUAAACUAGUAACGUGGUACGGUUGCAUGGAUGGACAGCAGCCUAUUGUGAGAAAAGUAGUGGAAUACGGUCUGUUUGUGAAGCACUAUAAGGUUGAAGUUUAUCUUCUUGAGCUGAAGCUGUGUGAGAGCAGUGAUCCUGAAGAUGUAAUUAGCUGCCACUUUAGCAAAGCAGAUACUGUUGCUACCAUCGAGAAACAAAUGAGAAAACUAUUUAAUAUCCCAUCUGAGAAGGAAACUAGAUUAUGGAGCAUGUAUAUAAAUAACACUUAUGAGCAGCUCAGUAGGCUGGAUAGCACAGUGCAGGAUGCAGGGCUCUAUCAUAGUCAGGUUGUUCUAAUAGAAGUCAGAAAUGAAGAUGGCACAUGGCCUGGACAGCAUUUCCUGGCAAAGUCUUGUUUAGGGUUACAAAAAAUUGGGAAUACUACCCAGAGAUCUGCCCCAAAGCGGAAUAGUUAUGGCUGGCACGGCAUGUGGGAGAAUAUGGGCAGAUACCUAGAGAGCUUCUCACCUCCGAUGGUUUGGAACUUCACGCCUGAACAACUGCAACACCCUGAUGAAGUGAUAGAAUGUUUGAAAAGAAAAUGCUUUGGCAGUUCCAAAAGUGCACAACUUAGCACACUGUGCUGGGCCCUGGCCAGUAUCUACCGAACACUGCUCAAUACUAUGCAGCACCCUCAGGGGGAAGGGAGGGAAAACAGACCAACAGGCACUGUGGCUACUCAGACCCUAGUGACGGGCACUGCUGCUGAACUAGGGAACCAGCCUGGGCCAAAACAGGCCCCUGUACAGAAGAAGAAAUACACAAAAAAAUCGGCUCUCUUAGUGAGGGAUGAAGGUGAACCAGGGUCAUCACAAGAAGAGGAGGAAGAGGCAGAACCAGGGAUAAUCACCCAGUCCCUAUCCCUGAGUGAGCUGCGAGAUAUGCGAAUGAAUUUCAUCCGCCAUCCAGGCGAGCACAUUGUUACCUGGCUGCUCCGAUGCUGGGAUAAUGGGGCCAGUAGCUUGGAUUUAGUGGGUAGCGAAGCCAAACAGCUGGGUUUCCUGUCUAGGGAAGAGAGCAUUGACAAGGCUAUUGGAAAAGAGACUCAAAUCCUCAGCCUCUGGAGGCGACUUCUGUCAGGUGUGAAGAAAAGGUACCCCGUCAGGGAAGAUGUUACGUAUCACCCAGGCAAGUGGACCAGCAUGGAGAGAGGUAUCCAGUACCUGAGGGAAUUAGCUGUGCUAGAGGUGAUUUAUAAUGAUCUGAAUAGCGAGCAGUUAUCCACAGAUCCAGAUGAAGUCCAGUGUACGCAACCCAUGUGGCGGAAGUUUCUGCGAAGUGCACCGCUGUUGUAUGCCAAUUCGUUGGCAGUAGUGUUCUGGAAGGAAGGUGAGGGACAAACGGUGGAUGAAUUGACUGGCCGACUCCGACAAUACGAAGGAAGCAUCUCUUCCUCUUUAUGGGCCUGUGUUUCAGCUGUGGAGAAACUGCCAGACAUACUAGUCAAGAAACUGUCACAAGAGUUCCAGCAAUUCGAGGGUAGGUUCCUCCCCACACCUGUACAGGCCAAUAUCUCUGCUACUAGGAGUGAGCAUUCCUCUGCUCAAGAGAAAGGAUCUAGAAGGGACACAACACGGGCUACCCUGUGGUCUUACCUGCGUGACCAUGGAGAGAACAUGAGGGAGUGGGAUGGAAAACCUACCUCGACCCUAGAGGCACGGGUAUGUGAGUUGCAAGGAAAAACAAUUACAAGAGGGGAUUUUUCCUGGAAAAAUGCUACUCCAGUUUCCAGUGGGCAGUUCCUCAGAAAGAGUGGAAGGGCUGAUCUUGCUUCUGAUCCUCUUGAAGGGACUUCUGAUUCAUGUUGUCAAAAAGUGAGUAACAAAUACUAUGACAAGGAGUAGAGGGGCUCUGCUUCCAGCCAGGUGGAGGAAAGGGACAACCAAGUUUAUUGGACUGUGUGGAUUCGAUGGCCUGGCACAUCAGACCCACAGGAGUAUAAGGCUCUAGUGGACACCAGUGCGCAAUGUAACUUGAGGUCAUCAAGCUUUAAAGAAGCAGAACCAGUCUGUAUUUUUAGAGUGACAGGGGUAUCCCAACAGCUAACUGUAUUGGAAGCUAAAGUGAGUCUAACUGGGAGUGAGUGACAAAACCACCCCAUUGUGACUGACCCACAGGCUCUGUGUAUCCUUGGCAGAGACUGCUGCAGGAGAGGGUAUUCCAGGGACCCAAAAGGGUAUCGGUGGACCUUUGGUAUUGCUGCUUUGGAGAUGGAGAAAAUUGAACAGCUGUCUACCUUUCCCGGUCUCUCAGAGGACCCUUCGAUUGUGGGGUUGCUGGUGGUUGAAGAGCAACGGGUGCCAAUCGCUACAACAGUGCACCGGUGGCAAUAUCGCACCAACAGAGGCUCUCUGAUUCCCACCCGUAAGCUGAUUUGUCAACUGGAGAGUGAAGGGGUCAGUGCAAAAUCCUGAUGGGGAGCAGAGACUAUCGUGGCCUGAAUGAAGUCAUGCUGCUGCUGAGUGCUGCCAUAGGGAACAUGCUAGAACUUCAGUAGGAACUGGAGGCAAAGGCAGACAAGCGGUGUACCACAACUGGUACCGCUAGUGCAUUUUUCCCAAUCCCUUUGGUGUCAGAGCACAAGCCGCAGUUCGCUUUCACUUCAGGGGGUGUCUAAUACACCUGGAAUCAACUGCCCCAGAGGUGGAAGCACGGCCCCACCAUUUGCCAUGGACUGAUCCAGACUGCACUGGAACAGGGUGAAGCUCUAGAACAUGCAGUAUGUGGAUGACAUCAUUGUAUGGGGCAACACAGCAGAAGAAGUUUUUGAGAAAGGGAAGAAAAUAGUUCAAAUCCUUCUGAAAGCCAGUUUUGCCAUAAAAUGAAGUAAGGUCAAGGGACCUGCACAGGAGAUCCGGUUUUUAGGAAUAAAAUGACAAGACAGGCAUAAUCAUAUCCAAUGGCUGUGAUCAACAAAAUAGCAGCUAUGUCUCCACUGACCAACAAAAAGGAAAUACAAGCUUUCUUAGGUAUAGUGGGUUUUGGGAGGAUUCAUAUUCCAGAUUACAGUCUAAUUGUAAACUCUCUCUGUCAAGUGACCCAAAAGAAGAACAAUUUUAUGUGGAGCCCUGAGCAGUGACAAGCCUUUGAACAAAUGAAAUGGGAGAUUGUUCAUGCAGUAGCCCUUGGGCCAGUCUGGGCAGGACAAGAUGCUACAGAUGUGCUCCGUACCACAGCUGGGGAGAAUGGCCCUACCUGGAGUCUGGCAGAGAGCAUCAGGGGAGACCUGGGGCCGACCCCUGGGGUUUUGGGGGUUGGGGACAUAGAGGAUCCAAAGCCUGCUAUGCUCCAACUGAAAAAGAUAUUGGCAGCAUAUGAAGGCGUGUAAGCUGCCUUGGAAGUGGUUGCUACUGAAGCACAUCUUCUCUUAGCAGCCUGACAGGUUAUCCAUGAAUGUGAAACGUGCACUGCGGUCAAAGCCAAGCAAUUAAGGUCUCUCUGGUAUGGAGGAUGAUGGCUGAAAUAUAAAUAUGGGGAGGCCUGACAGAUUGGCUAUAUCACACUUCCACAAACCUGCCAAGGUAAGCACUGUGUGCUUACAAUGGUGAAAGCAACCACUGGAUGGCUAGAAACAUAUCUUGUGUCCUAUGCCACCGCCUGGAACACUGUCCUGGGCCUUGAAAAACAAGUCUUAUGGUGACAUGGCUCCCCAGAAAGAAUUGAGUCAGACAGCAGGACUAAUUUCUGAAACAACCUGGGCCAAAGAGCAUGGUAUCGAGUGGGUAUAUCACAUCCCCUGUCAUGCACCAGCCUUUGGGAAAGUUAAAUGAUACAGCGGGCUGCUAAAAACUACGCUGAGAGCAAUGGGGGGGUGGGACCUUCAAACAUUGGGAUACACGUUUAGCAAAAGCUGCCUGGUUAGUGAGCAGUAGAGGAUCUAUCCAUCAAGCUGGCCUUGUCCAAUCAAAAAAACUUCCAUGUACUGUAGAAGGGGAUAAAGUCCCUGUAGUGCAUAUGAAGAAUGUGUCAGGGAAAGACAGUCUGGGUUAGUCCUGCCUUGAGCAAAGGCAAACCCAUCUGUGGAAUUGCUUUUGCUUGAGGACCUGGAUGCAUUUCAUGGGUGAUGUGAAAGGAUGGGGAGGUUUGAUGUGUACCUCGAAGGGACUUGACUUUGGGUGAGACUGGCAAGUGAAUUAAAUUGUAUGAUGUUAAUUGCUAAGUAAACCUGCCACUGUAUGUCAUCACAACCACAGUUGCUAUAUGCCAUAUUGAUGACAUUACAGUAAGAACCACCUAAAUCAAUGAAGGAUGGACUUUGAUGAAACCAAGUGAAGUGCAGUGGUGAUGGAACUUGAAUUGGCUUCAGCAACUGGUACCCAGCAACUUCCUCAAGAUCACCAUCUUCAAGCUGCAGACCGGGAGCAUGGGCCAUGCCAGAUACUCCAUCCGUGAGCUCCAGAUGCAGCGUGCGCUGGUCAGACACCAGAAACCAUCUGCCCUGAAAGACUGCUAGAAGAGAUGGAGCCCCAAAGUCAUGAAUUAAAUGAACUCAAAAGAGGCACUAGAGGAAUGGCCCAUAGACUAAGGGAAUCGUAUCUCUCUGUGUCUGUAUCUAUCUGUCUGUAUGUCAAAGACAGGAAAGGUGGUGGUGAUUAAUUGGAAAGUGUAGAAUCUGGGCAUGAUUUCCUGUGUUUGGCUGGGUUAGAGUUAAUUUCCAGAAGAAGUUAGGAGGGUGCGCAGCCGGGAUAGCUGAUGUGAACUAGCCAAGGGGAUAUUUGAUACCCUGUGACGUCAUGCUCAGUGUAUAACCAGGAGGAGCUGGGGUCGGGGGGGUGGGGAAGUGUCCCAGCUUGGGAACAGGCUGAGCGUCGGGUUCCGGGCGGUGAGCAACUGCAUUGUGCAUCACUUGCUUUGUAUGUUCUUUUAUUGGUAUUACUGUUACUACUACUUAUUCUCUCCUUGUGUUGGCCUAUUAAACUGUCCUUGUCUAACUCUCGAGUUUUUUACCUUUUUGUUCCAGUUGUGUUCCCUGUCCCACUGCAGGGAGUAGGAGCGAGCGAGUGGCCACAUGGU